AUGCCCCAUAUACCCAUAGACCUGAACAAGCUUGAUGGACCUAACCAUGAUCAAAUUGUUGAGCUUCUCACAAAGGCUUUAGAGACUGUUGGGUUCUUUCAAGUGGUAAACCAUGGCGUACCAACUCAACUGCUCGAGCGUGUCAAGGAAAAGGCACAUCAGUUCUUUAAUCAACCAUUAGAGAAGAAAUCAAUUUAUCUCCAUGAGGUGAACAAAAACCCUUUUGCCAAGUAUGAGAGCAGCUACGCACCAGAGGAGGAGGAAGUGAUGGAAUGGGGUGAUCAUUUGGACUUAUUUUAUAAAACCGAUGAUGAAGCUCACAAGUAUUGGUCUGAAGAAUGCAAGGAAGUCACACUAGAAUACAUGAAGGGUUCAACUAAGAUGGCGAGAAGGAUAUUUGAAGUGUUGAUCAAGAAGCUUGGAGUGACAGUAGUGGAUAAUGAAGCAAUUGAUGCUUAUAUUGCUUCAAAGAUGGUGGUUGCCAUGAAUUUUUUCCCAAAAUGUCCAAAUCCAGAGUUGACACUUGGUGUUGGUCGUCACUCAGAUGUUGGAACCUUAACUGUGUUGUUACAAGAUGAAGUUGGUGGGUAUAUAUGA